AUGUUUCGUCUGCGAUUCCUUCCUGUUGCAGCAGGGCUGUCUGCUGUUUCACGGCGUUACCAUGGGACAGCACAUCAUCCCAGGACCAGGCGUAGGCUCGUGGUGGCAGCUUUCAUAGGGACGACUGCAGCGACAGCAAGUGCCAGAUUCCUUUGGCAGAGGGCCUACGCAGAAGACUCGUCCUCUGUAAAACAUGACCCAAGCGCAAAGCCAAGCGAGAAGUUGAAGCACAAGGAGGAGGAGGAGAGCAGCGGCAGUGAGGGUGGAAAGGCUGUUGCAUCCGGUGAUGAGGAGGCUCAGCCAGAAGGGAAGAAGAAGAAGCGUUCUGGGUUCAGGGACCGUAAGGUGAUGGAAUACGAGAACAGGAUCAGAGCCUAUUCCACGCCCGACAAAAUCUUCAGAUACUUUGCUACUUUGAAAGUCAUAAACGAGCAUGGUGAAUCAGAGGUUUUUAUGACACCGCAGGAUUUUGUGAGAUCGAUAACACCUAAUGAAAAACAACCAGAAAACCUGGGCCUGGAUCAAUUUAUAGUGAAACGCUAUGAUGGGAAGGAUUUCUGGCAGAAAUUAUCCCAGGAGCGAGAGAAGUUUGCUGAUGAGGACAGCAUAUUUUAUGCACUUGGAGAAUGUGGACUCAUUUCUUUUUCUGACUACAUCUUCCUCACGACAGUCCUUUCCACUCCUCAGAGGAAUUUUGAAAUCGCCUUUAAGAUGUUUGAUCUGAAUGGUGACGGCGAGGUGGACAUGGAAGAGUUUGAGCAGGUCCAGAGCAUCAUUCGAUCGCAAACCAGCAUGGGCAUGCGCCACAGAGACCGUUCUACAACAGGGAACACCUUGAAAACUGGCUUUAACUCUGCGCUGACAACGUAUUUCUUUGGGGCGGAUCUGAAGGGGAAGCUGACCAUCUCCCAGUUCCUUGACUUCCAGCGCAAACUGCAGCAUGAUAUUCUUAAGCUCGAGAUAUUUCUUGUGGUGAUGUCUCUGAAUUGGUUCAGGCUGGAUGCUUCUCAGAAGCUGCCAUUUGAUGUCCUGCAGGAGAAGGUGGAUUGGCGUGCAGAUGCAGAGUCCGCUGCUGGCACCAAGUGGCUGCGGGUGGAAGCUGCUCCGGAGGUCUUGGACUCGCUGGCCAUCUGUGUUGCAGGCAUAGGUUUGGGGGCUGCGUUCGGCAGCAUGCUGCUGGCCUACAGCGGGGUGCAGUCCAAGAAGCUCACCGUCAUGCUGAAGCAGCUCAAGAAGCACUUCCAAGACGGAGAGGGGCUGACAUUUGAGGAGGUGGAGAGCUUCUUCACUUUUCUGAAGAACAUAAAUGACGUGGACACGGCUUUGAGCUUCUACCACAUGGCUGGAGCUUCACUUGAUAAAGUGACGAUGCAGCAGGUGGCCAGAACGGUGGCCAAGGUGGAGCUCUCCGACCACGUGUGCGACGUGGUGUUUGCGCUCUUCGACUGCGACGGGAACGGUGAGCUGAGCAACAAGGAGUUCGUUGCCAUAAUGAAGCAGCGGCUUAUGAGAGGCCUGGAGAAGCCCAAGGACAUGGGCUUCACGCGACUCAUGCGGGCGAUGUGGAAAUGCGCCCAGGAGACGGCGUGGGACUUCACCAUGCCCAAGCAGUAG